AUGAACGGCCGAGCCCUUUGCAUCCUCACCAAGGACGACUUCCCACUCCGCUCCCUGGGUUCAGCUGACGUUCUGUAUGAGUUGCUCCAGUACAUCAAGACCCAGCGGCAAAGGGCAUGUGGGCCCUUUUUCGGAAGAGCUUUCAGGCAGAGGAUGCCCACUCAGCCCUUCCCCUGCUGCCUGGAAGGGGCUGGAGGGGAUCGGGGCCUCCUGCAGCAGCCACCAGCCCUGGGGCUUGCCAGCUCCUUGAGCCAUGUGGAUGCCCCUGGCCUGGCCAGCUGGCCCCUCAGCAGGCAGGAGUCCCUCAGUUUAUCUCACUGCGUGGAGCUCAGCUGCAGGGCUGAGGGAGUCUCCUCCUUCCCCACGAUGCCACAGGCCCCCAUUGAUGGCAGGAUCACUGACUGCCAGCUGCUGUGGGAUUACAAGUAUCAGCUGCUCUCUGACACCUGGUACAAGCCCUACAUCAAGUGGGAAGACAAUAAUGCCAAGAUCUUCUGAGUUGUGGAUCCAAAUGGGCUUGCCAGAUUCUGGGGAAACCACAAGAAGCAGGUGAACGUGACCUAUGAGAACAUGUCACAUGCCUUGUGCCCCUACCAUAAUCUGAACAUCAUUAAGACGGAACCCAGGCAGAAACUCCUGUUCAGAUUUCUGAAGACACCCAGGAAGAUCAAUCAGGACAAGGGCAACAGCAGGGAGCUUCUGGAGAGCCAGGAGCAGGACAGAGUGGACUUUAAGGAGGAGAUGCUGGAAGUCUCUCUGUGA